AUGGCAUCCCCAGCACCAAGCUCCGACGAGGAGAAGAAGAUGGAGCAGAUCACCUUUCGAUUCUGUAGCGAAUGCUCGAAUAUGUUGUACCCAAAAGAAGACCCUCAAACACAUCAACUCAACUUUGCAUGCCGAACCUGCCAGUACUCCGAGCUAGCAACAUCAUCCUGUGUCUUCCGUAACGUCCUCAAUAACGCGGUCGGAGAGACCGCUGGUGUCACUCAAGAUGUUGGAUCAGAUCCCACUGUGGGUUUACCUCUCUGUUUACUAUGUGGUAAUAUUAUCAUUUGUGAGGGUCGGUUGCAGAAGGAGAAGAGUGGCGCAGUGAAUGAUUCGCACAAGAAGGAGAACGUCUCAGUAUAA